UCUAUUUCCGAGCGAACAUCGUGACGAACAUCAUUAAGAACGGCGCGUUGUAUUCCGCCACCAAGACUGACUUUAAUUGCUUUUCAUUUGUUUUAAUUAUCGACCUCAUCGCAUUCAGGCUUUUCCGUUCAUUGUUAAUUGACUAUGAGUCGCUUGUCGGAUAUUUUGUGCAUCCUCUGGCUGCAUUAUUAUUCGGCAGUGGCGGCUCGCGAGGAAGCACUCGUGGUGGUACCCAGACUGUACAACUCCUCCAGUGCGAGCGGUCCGAUCUACGUCGAAUUGGGAGGUUGGGUGUUAGUUCUCGGACAAUCUGGAAACCUGCGCUUCGCUCCGGGCUUCGCGGCGGUAUGGAUCCGGUCCAGUGGCGCGCCGCGAGGUCCAAAUCCAGCGAAAUGCGACCAUCUGAUCGGGUCGGUAUCCGGUUUGGAGUCUGAGAGUCGAGCUGCCGUGUCUAUUUGCCCCCGUACGUCCCUGAUCGGGUACUUCCGGUUGCGAGACGCUUUCUACUUUUUCCGUCCGCUACGCGGCGGCGCUGCCAGCGGCGGGGAUCACGUCCUGUUCAAAAGUGGCGUCCCCGGACGUCCCGGCCAGAGGCGCAGGCGGAGGGUCGCCAAAUUACACAACGCCGACUGGCUUUACAAUUUGACUGGCGACACCUUUGACGGUCUCGAUUUUGGCGACGAAAAUCGAAACCACGGAUCGCGCGAUUCGGCAUCGCCGCCGCCUCCGCCACUGGAUUUACCGCGCGGAAGCUGGACGGACGAGGACAACGGCUAUUUUUACGACAGCGCUUGGUCAGCGUUAGGGGUUCAAAGGCACAGGUGGGGUGCCAGCGGAUCUCCUCAAAAAUGGCUGGAGAUCGCGAUCUGCGUCGACCACAGCGUCGUCGCGUUUCACGGCAAAAAGAAGGUCGAACAAUACGUCUUGGCCCUCAUGAACAUCGUGAACGCCAUAUACCAGGAUACUUCACUCGAAGCUAACAUGCAGCUGGUAAUAUCGCGUUUGUUGCUGUACGACAACAAGAAGCUUGGCGUGGUCAGGCCGGGAAAUGCGAAAAAAUCCCUAGAAAACGUCAACAGUUGGAACAAAAAGCUGCAAGCCUCGUUGAAGCCUGGAGAAACACCCCAUGACGUCGCCAUAUGGCUGACCAGGUUGGACAUUGGCGGUCCUUCGGGCUACGCGCCAGUAGGGGGCGCUUGCGAUCCGGAGCGAAGCUGCGCGCUGAACAAGGACGAAGGGCUGAGCAGCGCAUUCAUCAUUGCCCACGAGAUGGCGCACGUUCUGGGAUUGAGCCACGACGGCGACGCGAAAGCGAACAACGACUGCGACGACGACACGAUGGAGGGAAGUGUCAUGGCGCCGAUGGUGUCGGCCACGUUUAAUAAGUUCGCUUGGUCAGAGUGUUCGAGGAGAGAGUUCAGGACGAGAUCUCGCAACUGGACCUGCCUGCUGAAUCCACCGGGAGAUGAGAGGGAGAUCGUGUUGAAUGAGACCCUCCAGUCGAUGUUCACGAUGGACGAGCAGUGUCGAAUGGAAUUCGGUAACGGGUACUCAAUGUGCAGAGCGUUCGAUAUAAUCGAACCAUGUUCUCAUCUGUGGUGCGGUCACGCCUCUUCACCACUGGUGUGCAAGACUAAAAAGGGCCCCCCUCUCGAGGGAACCGAGUGCGGUUUUGGGAAGUGGUGCGCAAACGGGUAUUGCUCGGAUAUCCUGCAAGCUCAAGGUGGACGGGUGCCGGUGGUGCUCAACCCCCAACAUGGCGGCUGGGGAGACUGGGGACCUUGGGGCGGCUGCUCAAGGACCUGCGGUGCCGGCGUUCGAUUCAGGACUCGGGAAUGCGAUAAUCCCAGGCCGUCGUACGGUGGCAGGGGGUGCGACGGUGACGCCGAAACUUGGGAAAUAUGCAACGUUGCUGAUUGUCCCGGGCCGUACGUCGAUUUGCGCGCCCGACAAUGCAAGAUGCUGCCGCGAAUUUUUAACGCGUCAUCGAGCGACACCUGGUUACCUUACGAGAGAGACGACGUCGACGACGCCGACGACGCCGUCCGCCGGGCCUGCAAGUUCGCCUGCGUCAGCGAAGAACGGAAAGAAGUGUUCGCGACCGACGAGAACUUCGCCGACGGAACGCCAUGUUCGUACGAGAACCAGGACGACAUCUGUGUGCAGGGAUGGUGCCAGACAGUCGGGUGUGACGGUAAACUGAACUCGACCGUUACGAGGGAUAGUUGCGGGGUGUGCGGGGGCGACGACUCGCAGUGCGUCGCAGCUGAUACCGUUUCGAGGCGGAGACUUAAGCGAAGCCUGAGCAGGAUCGGCGUGAUACCGAAGAUGGCGCGCCAAAUACGCGUCGAGGCCAACGUCACCGUCGGCCAUUUUAAAAACUCGAGCGCCGCUUUCAUAUUGAAACGGCGCAAGAAGAAAGCUUACGCCGUAACCAUCCCAAACGCCGUCGUCCGCAGCAAGAUCGUGGAAGGGACCAACUUCUUUUACAAGAAGUCCUCCGACACUGUCCACGAGAUCUGGGCCAAAGGGCCGGUCCUGUCGGAAAUGGUUGUCAUAAUGGUGACGACGCCUAGCGACGUCGACAGGGGAGUGAACGUAUCCUCCCGCGUGAGCUACUCGAUCCACAAGGACUCCCUGAAGCCGUCUGCUCGGUUCGUAUGGAUCAGGGGCGGCUGGGGACCAUGUUCGGCUAGCUGCGGCGGCGGGAAACGACAGAAGACGAACGCGUGCUGGGACGAACGAUCGGGCAAGAUCGUGCGGAAAAAGUUCUGCUCGUUGCUGAACAAACCGGCCCUUGAGACUGAGACCUGUAACAGUUUCGGCUGUGACUUCGCAUGGGUUGCUGGGGAAUGGGAACCAUGUUCUGCGACAUGUGGGUACCGAGGGACGCAAUGGCGCGAGAUUUACUGUGUUCCAGGCGCGAUAGGGAUCAAUCGGGGGCACCGAGUCCAGCUAUGGAGGUACAUGGUGGAACCCGGUAGAUGUCGCGACUCCAACAAACCCCUACAGACGAGGCCUUGCAACAGGGUACCGUGUUUCCGGUACUGGGAGUAUGGCAAUUGGUCUCAGUGUUCGACAACUUGCGGGACGGGCGUGUCCAUAAUGACGCCACACUGUCCGGCCGGACUCGACGGCACUUGCGGGGAUCCGCCGCCUCCGAAAACUAAGGCCUGCACCGGGGUCAAGACCAGUACGGACCUGUGCAAGGGACGAAAAACCGGUCAUUGUAGAAGAGACGAGUCCAAGUAUUGCGUACUCGAGCUGCUGUCAAAGUACUGUCAGUUAAAGGCGUUUAAACGCGUCUGUUGCAAGUCCUGCGGCAGGCCAAUGAAGCAAAACAAUAUUUAAGCCGUUUUAAGACUAAUAAAACCGGAUA